AUGAUGAUGAAGAAGAGUGGUGGUGAUGAUGGCGGAUUACUUUAUACUUGUUUAGGUGUACUCUGUUGUGUACUGGUUCUAUCUGUGAUAGCAGUUGUAUCCAUUAGGUUUUCCGUUUCUGGAAGCCCUUUUCCAUCGUCUGUUUCUUCUGUAAAUUCUGCAACUGUUACGAUUGUUGAGUUGCAGAAGAAAGUGAUCGCCGCCACCGUCGCUAAUCCAAAUCCAUCACGAGCCAUCGCUUCCGAUCUCUCUUUCUACCGGAACUCUUCAUUCUCUCCGAUUCCUAGAAAAUCUACAGUUGUUAGGAAAGAUGAUAAGAUAGAGGAAGGACUAGCACGAGCAAGAGCGGCGAUUCGAAAAGCUGCUGGUGUUGGAAACCUGUCUAUGAACCCUGGUGGGAUCUACCGCAAUGCAGGCGCGUUUUAUCAGAGUUACAAGGAAAUGGAGAGGAAGCUGAAGGUGUAUGUAUAUGAAGAUGGAGACUUCAUAUUAGUCCAUAAUGGACCGUGUAAAGAUAUAUAUGCAAGUGAGGGAAGGUUCAUCAGUGAGAUGGAAUAUGGUAACAAUAAAUUCAGGACAAGAGACCCUCAUUCAGCCCAUGUUUAUUUCAUGCCUUUUAGUGUAGCUUGGAUGGUUAAGUUUCUUUACGUCCCUCUUUCAUAUAACCUUGCACCUCUUAAACAGUAUGUCUCUGAUUAUGUCCGACUUAUAUCAACUAAAUACCCAUUCUGGAAUCGAACCCAUGGAGCUGAUCAUUUCAUGCUUUCUUGCCAUGAUUGGGCUCCUGUUGCUUCAAAGGGCAAUGAUUUCCUGUACAAUACAUCAAUAAGGGUUUUGUGUAAUGCCAACUCUUCAGAAGGUUUCAACCCUCAGAAAGAUGUCAGUCUUCCUGAAAUCUAUCUUUACAAUGGUGUAGUGUCCCCAAAGCUGCAGUCUCCUCCACCAGCCAACAUUUCAAGGCCUUACCUUGGAUUCUUUGCUGGUGGACUUCAUGGCCAUAUCCGGGAAACCCUCUUUGAUCACUGGAAGGAAAAAGACUCACAUCUUCGUGUAUACCAACAAUUGCCUAAGAACAUGGAUUAUCCUUCUGAAAUGUUGCGCUCCAAGUUUUGCCUAUGCCCUAGUGGGUAUGAAGUGGCUAGCCCAAGAGUGAUUGAAGCCAUUUAUGCGGAAUGUGUUCCUGUUAUGCUAUCAGAUCAUUAUGUCUUCCCUUUUAGUGAUGUGCUAAACUGGGAAGCAUUCUCACUACAGGUUAACAUUUCUGAUAUCCCAAGGCUAAAGGACAUCUUGUUGGCUGUUCCAGAUGACAAAUACAUGAAGCUCAAGGAAGGCAUGAGGGCUGUAAGGAAACAUUUUGAACUUAACCGGCCUGUUCGGAGGUUUGAUAUGUUUCAUAUGAUAUUACAUUCUAUAUGGCUCAGAAGACUAAAUUUAAGGCUCUAGGUCAUAUAUAG